UUGAGCCGUGUGAGCUCUGAGCUGCGCGAUCGAUAACUUAAAUUGGACGAUAUUCGGAGUUUGCGAGGUCAGAACCGUUGAUGGACACCUCAGCCCAGCAGUUAACAUUGUAAAAUAUAUUUAAGCAGUUCGGAAAAUGGAUGCAGCUGGUGCUUACGGAGGCGGGAAGGCCGGAGGCGCCUUCGAUCCUCAGGCUUUCGUUCAGCGCCCCGCAGUUAUAGUCCGGGCAGUAUGCUGGCUGUUCAGUGUGAUCGUGAUGGGAUGCAUAUCAGCUAAGGGCUGGUAUAUCAGCAAGACGGACGGCAAGGAGUACUGCGUCUACAAUGACGACACCAACGCCUGUAACUACGGCGUCGGUAUAUCUGUUAUCGCGUUUGUCGCCUCCAUCGGAUUUAUCGCCGGCGAGUAUCUCUUCGAGCAGAUGUCGUCGGUGAAGACGAGGAAGCAUUAUGUACUCGCUGAUAUGGGAUUUUCUGCAUUCUGGGCGUUCUUAUACUUCGUGGGCUUCUGCUAUCUGUCAAACGCUUGGGGCAAGACCGAGACCCCACCGGUGGGCACUGCCAAUAACAUGCAAGGCGCCAUCGCUUUCUGCUUCUUUUCGAUAUUCGCAUGGGUGGCGUGCGCUUUCUUCGCGUUCCAGCGGUUCCGCGUAGGAGCCGACGCGGCCUUCGCGCCCGCUUAUGAGGUGGAGGGCGGUGUUGGAAGCCCCGGCUCCUUCCCGGCCUACCCCGGCGCCCCGGACCCUCAGCCCGCCUACAGCGACCCGCCAUUCUCGCAGUCCCACACCGGCGGAAACAUCGACUACACCGCACCGACCUAUUAAGCCAGUUCGGAUUGGACUCGCAUGAUGACGUUCCAUUAUUGUUUUAUGUUCAAGUAAAUUAUAAUUAAUACAUCGUACGACAUAAAAUAUUAGUAUUGCAGCGAAAUAAAAACAAAACCUUAAAGUAUCUAAUUAUCUAGUAAAAGUAAUAUGUUAAAAAUACUUUUUAAAUUAAUAGUAAAAAACUCUUACGGCCACAAAAUAGAUAUGGUGUAAGGGCCUUAUCGUUGAUCUGUUUGAAAUGAUCUCUUCCAGGCUGAAUUGGUGAUUGGUGCAGAGAUAAAAAAGAUACACUUGCAGCCAAUUUAAUAGAUCACUUUUGCCUGCAACAAUAAAGCUACGCGCAAAAUACGGAAAAAAAUCGCGCGUUUUUAUUAUUGGCACAUAUUAUGACGUCCUAUCAAUUAUGAUAGGACGUCAUAAUUAUUCUUAGAGUAUAUUAAUACUCUAAGAAUAAUUAUCUUUGAAAAUACUAGUCUGCGUGACAUUUUAGGUGUAUUAAUUAUAACUUAUUUAAUCAAAGUUUUGAAUUAUUUACU